AUGUCGAAUGCUAACGACAACAACCAACAAAAUCAGCAACACCAGUUGAACCAGCAAAAUCAACAAGGGGAUAAAACUCCAGCCCCUUCACCACGAAACUCUCCUCGACAAUCCCGAGAAGGGUCACCUGACAGAUCUGAAUCACAUGCGAAUGACCAACAUGGGGAUGAUCAAGCUAUUGAUGAAGCAUUAAUACAAUUAAUUGCAGAACAGGUCAACAAUUCUCUUCAAGCUUUUGUUAGUGGGUUGCCAACUAAACCACCGACUCCACCUCCGGAUAACACCGCAACCAUAGAAAAUCCACAUUCGGGACUUGCCAAUUCGGGCAGUGGAGGAACUCCCAGCGAAUAUCGUAAUGGAAGGUCAGUUGAAAUAUGUGAACCAAUUACGAGAUACAAUCAAGCAACCGAAGAAUCAAAUGAGGAGGAGAUGCGAAUAAAUCUCGGUUUGCUUGAAGAAAGGAGAGAAACCGCCCUGAUAAGGAUGGCUGCACAGAAGCAAAUUGUUGAGCGAUAUUACAAUCAGAAAGCUCAUCUAAGGUACUUCAAGAUUGAGGACUUCGUACUCAAGAAAGUUUUUCUAUCAACAAAAGCAGCCAAAGCAGAAAAGUUGAGUCCAAAUUGGGAAGGACCUUACAAGAUUCGAGGUAUUGCUGGAAAAGGCGCUUACAAGUUAGAAACUAUGGAUGGCAAGGUUUUACCCUCGAGUUGGAAUGCUGUUCAUCUGAAGAAGUACUAUUUCUAA